AUGAUGCCGACCUUUAUACCAGUACCCCAGCCUUCCUACUCCCAGGCCAGGGAGAACCUGGUGAAGGCUAUUCCACCCAAGAUCCUCUGUCUGUUGGCCUGCGGAGGGAAAGACUGCCGCUAUGAAGGACCAGAGUGCUGGAAAUUAAAUCAGCAGGUCAUCCGAGGCCUUUUCUCCUCCUGGGUGACAGAUGACAUUAUUGCCAUGGCAAGACCAUCCAAGUGUCUGAUUGAGAAGUACAACAUCAUAGACCAAUUUCAAAGGCUGAACAUCCGAUCGAUCAUCAACAUGCAGAUACCAGGAGAGCAUGCUCACUGUGGACCUCCCCUCGACCCUGAGAGUGGUUUCACAUACUCUCCACAGGUCUUCAUGGACAAUGACAUUUACUUUUACAACUUUGGGAUGCCAGAUUUUGGUGUGUCCUCUCUCGUUGGUGUUAUUGACGGGGUGAAGGUUUUGGCCUUUGCAGUAAAGGAAGGAAGAGUGGCUGUGCACUGCCAUGCAGGCCUGGGCAGGACAGGUGUCCUGAUAGCCUGUUACUUGAUUUACACCCUGCGCAUCAGCCCUAGUGAGGCCGUCCAUUACGUACGGAUUAAACGGCCACGCUCUAUCCAAACCCGUGCACAAAUCAGCCAGGUGUUUGACUUUGCUCGCCUGCUUGGCACACAACUGGUGCAAUACCCGGACCUCAGCCUGCGGCACGGCGCACCUUUCACCCUGCAGCACUACCUAAACCGACAGGCAAUAUUGCUGCAUGGCCUGGAGGCACGCACCCUCAGACACACACCCAAGGUGGUAUAUCUUCUGUGUGUGCAUCUCUCCUGCUUGGCCCUGGGUCUCCCUGCUCCUCCAGAGAUCCAGGCCGAGCUGGAGAAGAGGUCAGCACUGAGGACCCUGAACAGGGCUGUGAGGGAGACCCUGGUGUCCAAACAGUACUUGCCCUUACUGAGGGAGGGUCAUAAGGGCUCAUGGGCGGGUUCAGGGUCAGUGUCCUCCUGGGACGAGCCACUGGGAUUCUUGGAGAGGAAGAGAGAAGUGCUGCUAGACAAACGCAGCUACAGCGACUCUGACCUCAGCAAGAUUGCAGAUAUGGAGUCAAGCACAUACUGCACCCCAGCACUUGGAAGUGAGAGACAGUGGUGUGUACAGGAUCUCAUACGCUCUGAUUUGAGACCAGGUAGUCCGAUCCUUGCCACCCUUUCACCAAGUCACCAGACCAUCAAAAAGAAAUCUCAGACACUCAACAUCCCAAUAUCUAACAUAACAACGAGCAACAACUGUGCGAAGAGGUCUAAGUGCACGGCUAAAAAGACACUUGGCAAAUACAGCUCCAACAUGGAGCUGUGCAGAAAUCCACAUAAUCCAGGCCCAACUGCAGUCGCCCGUGCUAUUGCUAAGGCAAUGGCAGACCAUGGUCCUCCAGGAGAAAUCAUCCUGCAAAGAUCGGCUCUGCUGCAGGAGGAGCUAAACAGUAGCGACUGUGGCUGGGCUCUGCUGGUCACUGAGUCAGAUCCUCAGGUUCUCAGUUGUCUGUUGUGGACCUGGCUGGACAAGUUAAGGGAGCCUGUUCUGAGUGCAGAGGAUGUAGACAGGUUGACCAGUGGAGCGAACAACAGGAAACCUCUCAGUGUGCUCAAGAAGCCACAGAGACACACCAUCUAUUGUCUACUGAGCUGUGUGAGUACAGUGACCAACCUGUGUCCACACAGAGAGGAGGCAGUGCUGCAGCGACUGAUGCGGGCCCUUACAAGGCGCCCCCAGGAGGCAAUGGGAAACCUUGCGACUCUGAUGAAGGUCCUGAAGGCGAGUUUGAAAGAAACCUUCCACAACUACAGAUACCUCACAAGGGCCUGCAGCACCAAUGCUACAAUUUGA